CCCCCGGGCCUCGACUUUGACACAUGUGCUUUAAAUGGACGAUUUCUUGAGACAGCACUGAGAAGCUGCGUCUCUGUGGGAUUUUAGGGGGUGGUGAUAGGAUGGAGGUGGGGCGCUGGGUGAGGGUCCGUCUCCACGUUAGAUCUGAGGGAGCGCGCGAGGCGGAGGCGCACGAACUCCAGUAAGAGCACGCAGACGGAGAGUCGACACGUCUCCGGGAUCCAGGUGCGCGCGGGUCCCCCUCUGCAGUCGUGCUCGCGGGAUAGACUGCAGAUAAUAUGCCCGUUCAUCCUCACGCGUAAAGAUGUGUCCCCUCGCUCUGCUGUGUCUCCUCCGCGUGCUCGUGCUCUCCCGCAGCAGCAGCAUCUCGGAGCGCUCCGCGGUGCCCCGCGCGGCGUCCCGCUCCGUGGCGCGCAUGGAUGGAGACGUGAUCAUCGGCGCGCUCUUCUCCGUCCACCACCAGCCCUCCGCGGAGAAGGUGGCAGAGCGGAAGUGCGGGGACGUGCGGGAGCAGUACGGGAUCCAGCGGGUGGAGGCCAUGUUCCACACGCUGGACCGGAUCAACGCGGACCCGAACCUGCUGCCCAACAUCAGCCUCGGCUGUGAGAUCCGGGACUCCUGCUGGCACUCCUCCGUCGCCCUGGAGCAGAGCAUAGAGUUCAUCAGGGACUCUCUCAUCUCCAUUCGAGAUGACAAGGACGGCUCCAAAUGGUGCAUUGAUGGAACCCCGUCCAACCAUCCACCACCUUCCAAGAAACCCAUCGCUGGGGUGAUCGGACCCGGAUCCAGCUCUGUGGCCAUCCAGGUUCAAAACCUGCUGCAGCUGUUCAACAUCCCACAGAUCGCGUACUCUGCCACCAGCAUCGAUCUGAGUGAUAAGACUUUGUACAAGUACUUUCUCAGGGUGGUUCCUUCAGACACCCUGCAGGCCCGGGCCAUGCUGGACAUUGUCAAGCGGUACAACUGGACCUACGUGUCUGCGGUCCACACUGAAGGAAACUACGGGGAGAGCGGCAUGGAGGCCUUUAAGGAGCUGGCCUCUCAGGAAGGCCUGUGCAUCGCCCACUCCGACAAAAUCUACAGCAACGCAGGCGAGAAGCACUUUGACCGCCUUUUGAGGAAAUUACGAGAACGUCUACCCAAAGCUCGCGUGGUGGUGUGUUUCUGCGAGGGCAUGACUGUCCGCGGUCUCCUCAUGGCCAUGAGGCGGCUCGGGGUGCACGGAGAGUUCCUCCUUGUCGGCAGUGACGGCUGGGCGGAUCGGUACGAAGUCGUGGAGGGCUACGAGCUGGAAGCAGAAGGAGGAAUCACCAUGAAGCUGCAGUCGGCGGUGGUCAAGUCCUUCGACGACUACUAUCUGAAGCUGCGCCUGGACACCAACACCAGAAACCCCUGGUUUGCAGAGUUCUGGCAGUAUCGGUUCCAGUGCCGCCUGGCUCGCCAUCCGCAGGAGAACAAGAAUUACAAAAGAGUCUGCUCUGGAAAUGAGAGUCUGCAGGAAAACUAUAUUCAGGAUAGUAAGAUGGGCUUUGUCAUCAAUGCCAUCUAUGCCAUGGCUCACGGCCUUCACGACAUGCACAAGGAGCUGUGCCCAGGCCAACCAGGCCUCUGUGAGGCUAUGGAUCCCAUUGAUGGCAGUAAGCUUCUGGACUACCUGCUCAAGACAUCCUUCAGAGGAGUCUCAGGGGAGGAGAUCUAUUUCGAUGAGAAUGGAGACACCCCAGGCAGGUAUGAUAUUAUGAAUCUGCAGAGUGUGGGUGAGGAGCGCUACGACUACCUAAAUGUGGGUUCCUGGCAUGAGGGCAUCCUGAACAUGGAUGACAAUAAGCUGUGGAUAAACAGCAGUGAUAUGGUUCGCUCUGUGUGCAGUGACCCCUGCUCGAAAGGACAGAUAAAGGUGAUAAGGAAGGGUGAGGUGAGCUGCUGCUGGAUUUGCACCACAUGCAAGGACAACGAGUAUGUGCAGGAUGAAUUUACCUGCAAGGCGUGUGAGCUGGGAUGGUGGCCUGAUGAAGAGCUUGCAGAAUGCCAGCCCUUACCAUUGAAGUAUCUUGACUGGGCAGAUGUGGAGUCCAUCGUUGCAGUAGCCUUCUCCUGCGUGGGCAUCCUGAUCACCUCCUUUGUCACCUUUGUGUUUAUCCAGUACCGCGAUACGCCUGUUGUAAAGUCCUCCAGCAGAGAACUGUGUUACAUUAUCUUAGCAGGGAUCUUCCUGGGUUACAUCUGUCCCUUCACACUGAUCGCCCGUCCUACGGUGGCCUCCUGCUACCUGCAGCGGCUCCUGGUCGGCCUUUCAUCCGCCAUGUGCUACUCUGCUCUGGUGACUAAAACCAAUCGAAUCGCCCGCAUUCUAGCCGGCAGUAAGAAGAAGAUCUGCACCAGGAAGCCGCGUUUUAUGAGCGCCUGGGCUCAGGUGAUUAUCGCAUUCAUGCUGAUCAGUGUGCAGCUAACUCUGGAGAUCACACUCAUCAUCCUGGAGCCUCCUGAACCUGUCAAAUCCUACCCAAGUAUUCGUGAGGUCUAUCUCAUCUGCAAUACCAGCAACUUAGGCAUGGUGGCACCGCUUGGUUACAACGGGCUGCUAAUCAUGAGCUGCACCUACUAUGCCUUCAAAACGCGGAACGUCCCAGCCAACUUUAACGAAGCGAAAUAUAUUGCCUUUACAAUGUACACUACCUGCAUCAUCUGGCUGGCAUUUGUGCCCAUUUACUUUGGUUCCAACUACAAGAUCAUAACUACAUCCUUCUCAGUCAGCCUGAGUGUGACAGUGGCGCUAAGCUGCAUGUUCACACCCAAAAUGUACAUUAUCAUCGCAAAGCCAGAGCGGAAUGUCCGAAGCGCCUUCACAACCUCUGACGUGGUGAGAAUGCAUGUCGGAGACGGAAAAUCUGCAGCUCAGUGUGGCAGCAACAGCUUCCUUAAUAUAUUCCGGCGGAAGAAGGCGAUUUCAGGGAAUGCAAAUUCUAAUGGCAAGUCUGUGUCAUGGUCUGAAUCAGGUGCAAGACACCCUCCGAAGGGGGGGAAUGUGUGGCACAGACUGUCUGUGCAUGUGAGGAAACAGGAAGCCGGCUUGAAUCAGACAGCGGUCAUCAGGCCCCUAACUAACACCCCCGACCCCCACAGUUGUGAGCCCCCAACUGCCAACCUGGGCACAGACCCCCAUCUUCACCAAGAACCACCGGCCUCUAAACACCUGUGCAACUUGGCGGAGGAAGACGACGAAGCCGAAGCACGGCGCCCCCUCUGCUCCCAAACCCCCUCAGAACAAACUCAAGGACUGAAAUCGGAUUUAGAUGAGCAAGCUUACGCGCCCUAUAACCCGACGGGCCCCACCGCAGAGCGCUUGCAGGGGUCCCGCACUGCCAGGGAAGCUAAAUCCGCCUCGUUUCAGCCCCUCCGAGUGUUUGAAGAAGAGGGGCCCGAGGAUGAAGAACUGGACCUCUUACACAGCUAUAUUUACGAUGCCAAGGAGGAGAGGGAGGGGGAAGAUGGGGAAGGUGAGGACUUAACUCGCAACAAAGCAGGUCUGGAGGACUCCUUUGCCUUGUCGCCCCCCUCCCCCUUCAGAGACUCCGUCUGCUCUGGGGAGUCCAUCAAUGGCUCUCCUGUUAUUGAGCUUGGUAGCCCUCCAAGCUCCGCCUACACCUCAGACAUGCUCCGUGACUUUGCACACAGCUCCUCAACACUGUGACACUGGCGCAGUCAGCAUCGCACGCGGAUCUACACACCAUGACGUUUAGAGUUUGAUCGAGGGAUUUUGCUUACUUUAUUUAUUACUUUCAUUUGUAAGUUGUUAACCAAAAGUGUAAGAAGUUUAUUCAUGAAGCAAAGCCUUUUAGCCAAAUGUAAAGCUGGAAACAGUGCCAAAACUCGCCAAAUUUUGAUGAAUGAUACCUCACUUAGGAUCAUUACAUCAUCUCCAAUGACUUGACAAACCUCUUAAGAUUUCAAUUUUAUUUAAAACCAGUUAUUAGUAGGGCUGGGUAUCGAUUAUAAUUCCCAGAAACGAUUUGAUUCCGAUUUUUUUUUUCGAUUCUUCAGUUCAAUUUCGAGUUUAUACAUUUAUACACAUUUGUUUAGAAAUACAUGAUACUGUAUAAUUUGAAUAUAUUUAUAUUAAUUGAUACAGUUCACAUACUGUAAAAUUUAUUAGUGAAAUAAUGAAAAUAGAAUAUACUGUUACGUGGUUUCACAAACGGAGACGCUCCGAUUGUUCUGCUUCUCCUGGAGGGCGUUUCAGUUUGGCCACUAGGUGGCGAUCGCGCUACAGCAUUACACCUUAUUCCAGAAGAAGACAGUAUGAGGAAAAAACGAUGUUUAAAGAAAAAUGUCCUUAUUAGAGUUUGGAAAAUUCGUCAAUUCAGCCAGCAAUGAAUGUUUAUGUCGACUGAGCGUUAGCAUUAGCCGUCCAAUGGGAAAUUCCAUUAAACUUUAGCAUCAAGCUAGCGGACUUUGAUUAUUGAUCUAUUAAGCUUAAAUCGAUUCAAAUCGAUUAAUGGAUUUUAUGAACCCAGCCCUAAUUAUUAGCUCUUCCCUUCACUGGUGCACACUCCGUCUAUAAGUGUGGCAACCAGAGCUGCUUUAUAAAACAUUCACUUUCGAUGAUCUGCCUACACAGUUUUCCCCAGACCUCAUUAAGACAAUAAAAAAACUUUCAGAAAAUGUAAUUACGUUGGUUGAAUACUGCAUUUUAAGUGUGCUCAUCUUUAAAAUAUCCUUAAGGAACUGAAGACUUGCGCUGUAUCGUGUGACAUGGACAUACAAACGUCGUUCUGAAACUCCAUCCUGGCUUCAGAUUUACUGAUAAAGGAAGGCUGCAGAUGUUGUUUAUUCUGUUUACACUCAAUCAUAACCCUGAGAACAAAGUAUUUCAGCAAUGGGAUGUGAAAAAACUUUUGCUUUUCAUGCUGUGCUGAUAUUUCUCAUGUUUUCUGAGAUUGUUGUCAUGUAAUGGAAACACAGUACAAGUUGUACUACUUCUCAAAGUUUGUAAUACUGUUAAGCCAUCUUUUGUUUUUCACACAGGUGGUAUGUUUGUAAUACUGAUACAUGUUUCUAUAUUUAGAAUGUAAAGAUAAAAGAAAAAAAGAAGUUUAUACAUUUUAAAACUUGUCUUCUGAAACUUGUCAAGAUGUUUGAUUUAUUUUGGCAACUAUUACGCUAACCUGAGUGAAAACAUUUGGUUGUAACCAAUGAUUAUUAUGCUUCUUGUAUUGGGAUUAUACAUGUUACAGUUUUGCUUAAAUCCUGCUAUAAGCUUAAGAAAUUUAUUUCAGGUUAAGUUUCUUAGUUCUAUUAUCUAGAAAAUGCAAAUUAUUUCAAAGUACGACGCCACACCGUACCCACUGUAGUGCAGUUAUACUGUAUUUUUCAAAUGUUUUUAGUCAAUUAUAGUGUAAGUUGGUAAAUCGGUUUAAUCUAAUGUAACAUAUACAAGGUGCAGGCUGUCUAACACAGCUAAGUCUAAGAUGAUACAGGCCUUUAUGUUUUGAGUGAGCUGAACAUGGAAAAAUGCUGUAAAAUAAAAAUUAUUUAUAUUAA